GUGGCGCGCCAGGCGGCGGAGCGACGGGUCUGGUCUGUCCCGCGUGGGGUGGCGGCAUGGAGGGGGACGCCGGCUCCGGGGACGCGCGGCGGGCCUUGGGCCACCUAGUGGAGGCGGUGCUAGGCAGCCGCGGCGAGGCCAACGCCGUGUUCGACAUCCUGGCCUUUCUGCAGUCUGAGGACCAGGAGGAGAUCCAGGAAGCCGUGCAUGCAUGCAGCCGACUUUUCGGGGCCCUGCUGGCCCGAGGAGAACUGUUUGUGGGCCAACUGCCCUCUGAGGAGAUGGUCCUGACAGGGUCCCGGGGGGCCAAUCGCAAAUACAAGAUGUGGAUGCGGCACCGGUACCACAGCUGCUGCAACCGCCUGGGGGAGCUGUUGGCUCACUCCUCCUUUCAGGUCAAGGAGCUGGCCCUCAGCACACUUAUGAAGUUUGUGCAGCUGGAGGGUGAGCACCCGCUGGAGAAGCCUAAGUGGGAAGGCAACUAUCUGUUCCCCCACCAGCUCUUCAUGUUGGUGGUGGGAGGCCUGCUGUCUCCAGAGGAGGACCGCUCCCUGCUCCUCUCCCAGUUCCGGGAGUAUCUGGAACACGAUGACAUCCGCUACCAUACAAUGCAGGCCGCCUCUGACACCGUGGCCCGGGUCACUGAUGGGCGCCCUGAGGUGCCCCUCACUUUCUGGAACAAUGCCUUCAUGCUGCUGUCCUCUGUGAGCCUGCCCCACCAGGAGGGCACCCUCUCCAGCUUCUAUGUGAAGCACACAGAGCUGUCAGACAAGUGGAAGGUCAUUCAUCUGAAGGAGCACAGGAAGGCCUUCCAGCAGAUGUGGCUCCGCUUCCUCAAGCACCAGCUGCCUCUCCGCGUCUGCAAGAAGGUGCUGGUGAUCAUGCAUGACUCCAUCCUGCCCCACCUGGCGCAGCCCAGCCUCAUGAUCGACUUCCUCACCCGCGCCUAUGACAUCGGUGGAGCCAUCAGCCUGCUGGCCUUGAAUGGACUUUUCAUCUUGAUUCAUAAACACAACCUAGAGUACCCUGACUUCUACCGGAAGCUGUAUGGCCUUCUCGAUCCGUCCGUCUUCCACGUGAAGUACCGGGCCCGCUUCUUCCACUUGGCCGACCUCUUCCUGUCAUCCUCGCACCUGCCUGCCUACCUGGUGGCUGCCUUCGCCAAGCGCCUGGCCCGCCUGGCCCUGACAGCACCCCCCGAGGCCCUGCUCAUGGUCCUGCCCUUUAUCUGCAACCUGCUGCGCAGACACCCGGCCUGCCGGGUCCUCAUGCAUCGGCCCCGGGGCCCUGAGCUGGACGCCGACCCCUAUGACCCCGCAGAGGAGGACCCAGCCCAGAGCCGAGCCCUGGAGAGCUCCCUGUGGGAGCUGCAGGCCCUCCAGCAGCAUUACUACCCCGAGGUGUCCAAGGCCGCCAGCGCCAUCAACCAGGCGCUGUCCGUGCCCGAGGUCAGCAUCGCCCCGCUGCUGGAGGUCACCGCCUUCGAGAUCUUUGAGCGGGACCUGAAGAAGAAGGGGCCUGGGUCGGUGCCGCUGGAGUUCAUCCCAGCACGGGGCCUGCUGGGCCGGCGGGAGGACCUGUGUGCCCAGCACUUCACGCUGAGCUGACCCUGUGCAUCCUGCUCCCCACCACCCCCCAUAAGUGGUUUCAUAAGAGAGCUCUUCGGGUGGGCUGGUGGGUGGGGGUCUAGGGAAGCCCACCCCCUCUUCCUUAGCCUGUGGGGCUGGGAUCAGUGCUGGCAGCGUGCCUUCACAAUUGUAGUGUGUUGCUAGCCUCGCUGGAACAUGCUACCCAGGGACCCUCCAUUCUCUGCAGCCUGGUGGGGACACAGGUGGGGGUUUAUGGGGGGAGGGGGUACAGGAGCAGUCCCUGCCCCCAGGGCUGCAAUUACAAUCAUGCUGGUUCAUCCCUCCAGCCCCUCCAUGCCCUGAUCAGAGCAGGUGCCUUGGCCACAGGCCAGCAGCUGCUUGUGUUUCCAGGAUGGUUUUGGUUUUUUUUUUUUUUUAAUGUUUUAUUUUUUAUUUAUUUUUUUUUUAAAUUUUAAAAUCUUUAAUUCUUACAUGCGUUCCCAAACAUGAGCCCCCCUCCCACCUCCCUCCCCAUAACAUCUCUCUGGGUCAUCCCCAUGCACCAGCUCCAAGCAUGCUGUAUCCAGGAUGGUUUUUUUUUAAAUCUCCUGUUUUACCAUGGGUGCUUGGUUCUGCAUCUACAGCAGUGACCCCAUUUCUUUAAAAAACUGGUUUAUUCAAACACACAACUGGUGCUAGCUUACAUUUGGCAGGGACUGAGCAAGCCGUGGUGGGGCAGGAGGCCCAGCAGGGAGAGAUGCUCGCUGCCCCCAGCAGCCACCUGUCCCCACCGUGUUGUGGGCAUACCCCUCCCCACCUUCUCCUGCACUCCUGUUCAGAGGAGCAGGGUGGAAGCUCACAGCAGACACCCUGGGAGUCACAGCAGGGAAUAGUUCAGCCAGUUUGGUCUCUAGGGACCCUCACUGCUGGCCCAGGGUCCUAGUGUGCGCUCAGCACCCCGUUGGGAGCAGCACACGGCAUGGCCCCACUGUCCUGAGAGAACCAGGGACGCUCCUCCUUGACCUGGAGAUCGCCUUGUCCCUGGGGCGCAGGGCCUGCCUCGGGGGGCCCUCAUGCACGUUCCUGGUGCAUGGUUUCCAGGGUCCCGGACAGCCUGGCACCAGGAGUGCUCAGUGAGCGAGAGGCUGCCAUGGCCUCAUCAGGGACACCAGGGGGCAGUGCUGGACGGGCCUGAGUCCUCUCGCUUUUCUUGAAAAAUAGCAGUAUGUAAAAAUUUUAAAUAAAUUAUGCAAUGUGAA